AGCUGCCCGCUCAGAAUAGUUCCAGAUGUGGCCAUGUUUAGUUUGAUCUUUGAAGUUUUCGCUCAUCGUCUCAUAACUGAUACAUUUUUAUACAAUCUGCUGGCAUAGUAAUAACGCUCUGUCCGACCAUCGUACUUUUCGCCUGCCUGCGACUAGUCUCGUUUCACAAAUAACAUUAUUUACAUGUUCUUCUUUUGCCGAGAUCAACAAUCUCGAACGCGGAAGUAGACGUAAACGCUGUCAUCCAUCAAGGAGGACAGGCAAUCGUGAAUUUUCUUAUCGAAUUAAUUAACAAACAGACCCGCGUCUGAUCGAUUCGUAAUUGUCGAAUUAAUUUGUCGCUCCCUUUCUCUCUCUUUUAUCGAUAAGAAACAAAAAGAGAGAGUCGUUAUCGAAUUCACGAGUCGUCAAAGUGGAAGCUACGGUCUUUUUUCUUUCUUUCGUAAAGAAACGUACGCGUAUUUCUUAUAUUCAAAAGUAAAACGUUAAUAUAUGAGCUUAUCGUUGGUCAGCCAUAUGCCACGUCAAGCCAGAAUGACGUAGCAGUGGUAAGAUCGCGCCAUUGAACAAAAUUACGAUAGCCCGAAAAAGGAGAAGCAACGCAGUGAAAUACUUCACCGAACGUAAAAGUGCAAUAAUAUAUUGGAUAAAAAACAGAAUGAGAUAGACUUUAGUACGAAAAUAGCUCAUUGUGUUCAGGCGAGAAGAAUAUUCGAGAAAGAACCCAGGGGCGUAGUCGAGCCGAAAAAAAGGCGGAAAACGUUAAUAAGGUUGAUACACGUUUGUUGGGACGCGCACGCGCGCGCAAGAGAGAAAGAGAAACGGAGAGACACACGAAAGAUAUUCCGUAGGGUAAUUUGUGCUCUGUAACGAGUAUUUUUCAAAAUUUCAAAUGCUAGAAUUCAGGCACGCGAUUAUUUCGCAAGCAAAGAACCAUCGAGUGUGGUCGCGUCAAUCGAUCGAAUGAUCAUCGUCGGGCCACAGUGCUAUAUCAUACGGUACAAAACACGAUCGAUCGGGACAAAACAAUGGCAUUAGAGAGUGUUUCCGCGGCUGAGACUCUAAUCCAAAGAAAGUCUACAAUGCUCGUUGGUGUACACACAUACAACUGUAAUUAUGUACACACAUAUGUACGUGAAUGAACGAGACGGACGAGGACUUCCACACGAAGAAAUUUCGACGCUACUGUAUCAAAAAGAUGUUGCUCACCCUGUUAACAAUGCUGUAACGAUGACAAUAUGAGAUAUGCUACGAAAUAAUGUGAUUUGAUGUUGAUGCUAUUAUGUUGAUGAUGAUUUAUGAUAGUUAUAAUGAUGCUAAUGAUGAACGCAGUUCGUGGCACCAAUGACGAUGAUUUGGAAGAUGGAGAAAUCCCAUCUGACGAAGAUGAUGAACCUGUACCACCACCAGCAACUGAUGAUGCAACUAAAAAUGCUUCAAAGACAGAUAUAUCAAAACCUAAAACCUUUGAUUCUAAGUUUAAUAAAAAUAAGAAAUCAAGUGUUCAAGGAAGUAGCAAGCAUGAUAGAUUUUUAAAAUAUAAAAGUCCAACUGAAGAUUGGGCUGGGGAUGUUGAGAAAGCGAUUAAAGCACACUUAGAAGAAGAUAAUAGUAGGAAUCAAGAUGCUAAAUCUAAAAGUAAAAAUAACAGAAGUAAAAGUAGGAAAAGAACACGCGAAGAAAGAGAAGAGGAUCGUAAUAAAGAUCAAAAGAGACGAAAGGUGAGUGAUGAUGAAAACAUUAAUGAAGAUGAAGAUGAAAUGUUAUUCGUCAGAGGUGCUUCACCUGUUAGGAAAGACUCUCAAGAGAAUAAUUCUCCAAGACACACGAAUGAACAUGAAAAUUUUGAUAGCAAUUCAGACUAUGAUGAAAGACCCAGUGUUAACCGACAUAGAGAUAAUGAUAACAAGCGUAGUAAUACAAGAGGAGGUGUAGGUGGAGGAGGACGAAGAGGUGGUAAAAAUGAACGCGGCGGUAAAAAUAAAGCUCGUGGACAAAUGCGAAAUGAUAGAAAUGGACGACGGAAUCAAAACAAUGAUCACAAUCAAGAUCCAGAUGCUAUUUGCGUUUAUUAUAUGCAAGGGAAAUGUCACAGAGGUGAUGAUUGCCCUUUUUCACAUAAUGCUUUACCACCUAGGAAAAUGGAAUUAUGCAAAUUUUAUCUCAUGGACUGCUGUGCAAAAAGAGACAAAUGUCUGUACAUGCAUCAUGAUUUUCCAUGUAAAUUUUUCCACACAGGAUUAAAAUGUAAUCAAGGAGAAAAUUGUAAAUUUUCUCAUCAACCUUUAAACGAACAGGUGAAAGGAAUUUUAUUAAAACAUCUUGAGACAGCUCCAAAAGAAAUUCUUGGAGAUUUUCCACGUUUAAGUAGGGAAGGAGCAAUGUUAAUGAUAAAUAAUACAGCAAGAACAUUAGCACAGGGUCAAGAAACGACGAAUCAAAAGAUUCCGAGUCUUUUUGAAUUGAAUGUGCCCGCUCCAACUACUACCACGGAAAAAAUUAUUGAAAAAGAAGAGAAAGAGGAACUAACACCUCAGCAAAAAAAUGUUAGGGAAAGAAAACCAUCUGGCAAGAAAACUCGAUGGGGUUCAGACGAAGAUAGAGUUCCAUACGAACAAAUUAUGUUAUUGCAGUCAGCCAAUGACUUCGGUUUGCAGCUUCCUAAUGUUGCGCUAGGUUUAGCGACUCAACAACAGUUACAACCGAAAACAUUAAUGUCACGAACCAUGCCAAACAUGGAUUUCUAUACUGAAAGUAAUAAUCCUGAAUCAAACAAAAUUAAUUUAAACAAAUUACGAGAUAGGGAAGACUUUACAAAAGAUGUAGAAGAGGAUGAAAUUUUGGAACAGGCGAAGAAGAAAGGAACUUCAAUAAUUGAAAAUUCAAAAGAUGUUGAUUUAAGGCAAUUGUUAAAAACUUCGAAAAAACCACCACCUGUUGUUAGCAUAGCUGACGAAGUGGCAAAUCUUACUAAAUCCAAAUUUGACGAAGAAAGCGAUCAAGAUGAAGAAACAGACCUUGUCAUAGAAAUGCCAACUGAAGAAGAGGACAAACAAAAAGAUAAAAGUAUAGAUCAAGAAGAAACGAAUGCCGUCAAUGAAGAAGGUAACAAUCAAGACAGUUUACAAUCGCGUUCAGAAGAACAGGAAGUACCAGCACAUUUACCGAAAAAGGCACAAGAAUUAUUUAUGCGUAUUCAACAACAACAAAGAGCAGCUCAAGACAGUUUUAAAAAUAUAGAAAACGAAUGUUCGACAAAAAACUCAGAUCAACUUUUAGAGGAUUGGUAUUCUGACGACGAAGAUGAUGACGAUGACGACGAAGGUGGAAAUCUUACAAUAGUACUUUCUAACAAAGAUAACCCGAAAGAUGAAAGUGAAACCACAGAAAAAGUACAGAACAAUGCGGACAAAGAAGAACUUCGAUCUACAGCUUCUGCACCCACCAUACCUCAACCAGCAGCUAUCGUGGACAAACUCGGAGAUCUAAGUAAGAUUGAUAUUAGCGCUGAAGUAUCAAAAUUACUGUCUUCGCUUAAAGCACACAGUUCACCAAGUGGCAAAAGCACUCAACAAUCAGCGCAAGAUUAUGGUUCGAAAAUUAAACCUACCUCCCCGGAUAGAGUAUUAUCAGAAGAAUCUAAUGCUCACGAUAAAAUGAGUGUUCCUAAUAUGUUUAAUGCUUCAAGUCAACUACCCAAACUCGAAAAUGAAAUGUCGAGUCCACAUUCUUCGCCUGGAACAAGUUCAGCGCCUAUAUCUAGAGACCCUCGCAUGUCUAGAGACCCUAGACAACGUAGGGACGAACAAAAAUCAAAUAGUCCGAGUCGGAUAGAAAGUAAAAAGGAAUCCAAGCAUCUUAGAUUGGAGACAAGUAUUUACAGUUCUGGCAUUACUGCGAGCGAUACUAGCAUGGAUACGGAUCUUCGAACCAAAACAGAUCAAGAUCUUAGAAGAAAAGAUAUGGAUUUCAGACAACAGUUUCAGACCACAUUUGGUGACACUGAUCUUCGCGUUGUCGGUGCAGGAUUCACAGAUUCGUCCACUAAAUCAGAUGUUGAUUUGCGACAGAUGUUAAGUUUACCAUUUAAACCCGUACCAUCACAUGUACCUUGCACAGAAAUAGAUGCAAGUAUUUCUUCGCAUCCUCCUAUGACGUACAAAGUGUACGUCGUUGAUAUACCGAGGCCCGAUUAUACAGGUCUCAAACUUACUAAAAACGAUGCUCAAGUGAAAUACGAUCCACGUCUAAGAAAAAUCUUUAGAAUAGGUAAGGUUGAAUUAGCUGAUUCUCCGAUGUCUCCGCCUCCAGUUAAGCCAGAUACUCCGAAGUCACCGCCGCAGGUUCGAUCUGAUCCGCGUCGAAAAGCUCUUGAGGCUUCCAGUUUAACUUCUCAAAAUAUUAAUGCUUCCAUGAUGAAGGGUGUACAGCAAUCACCGUUGGAAAUGUCAAAUAUGGGAAUGGGACCUGGUGGAAUGCCUGUUCCUCAGGGUCUACCUGGCUCGCAAAAUAUGCAAGGAGGGCAAGGUAUAAUCCAUAUGGGUCCAAAUCCAAUGCUUGGAAAUAUGGGUCCAAUGGGUCCUAUGAUGAAUGCACCUAUAGGUCCUCAAAAUAUGCCACCAAUGAAUAUGACAGGAAUGUCCAAUAUGCCUCCAGGAAUGGCCAUUAAUGGACCAGUUGUACCUCAAGGUCAAAUGAAUUUUGAUCCACGUUUUAAUGUUCAACGUAACAAUGGUGCAGGACUUCUGGGUCCGGCACCUGGCGUAGGCUUUGGACCAGACGUUAAUCCCUCGUACGAAGGUGCACCUACCUAUUCGGGGGGUAAUUUUAACAACUUUGGUCCAGGUCCAGGUCCAGUACCUCCAGAUUCCAAUAUGAUGGGUUUUAGUCCAAAUGGUCCAAAUCCAAACUUUGGAAUGGAAGGGCCGGAGUGGAAUGGAACAAGUCAAAAUAGACGUGGUGGUAAAAUUAGACGACGAAAUCGAAAUAGGACCAAUAUUGUGACUAAUAAUUAAUGCAAAAAGCAAUUUUGAGUAGGUACAUAAGUGAAGUACCUGGUGAUAAUCCUCAUUCUAAUUUAAAUUUGUACAGCAUGCAUUGAUAUAAUGCAUUCAUUUGUGCGGUCCAGAUAAUUGUUUCGAUCGUGUCAAUUGUACAUGGUGUCAAAUGCUCGCUAGUGAUUAAAUAGUAAAUUAAAAGUUUUAAGGUAUUAAAAAUAUUAAAAAUUGUACAUGAACACACACAUACAUACACACAUACAUACACACAUACAUACACAUGUUUUCAAGCAUUUCUUAUAAAAUACACAUACCAAUGAAUGGUGUGAAUAAUGCUCAUAAUCACGCGACGUUCUAUAUUUUAUUUAAAAAUAUAAAGGAUAUUCUACAUGAGGAAUAUACAAAAUGACAUUUAUUACUCUAUAGAAUAAUAGUUACAGAAAUUUUCGGCGAGAAUACGUAUCUGUAUAUAUUGAAUUCAUUCAUUUGAAAAGACAUUUAAUACAUAAAAUGCGACAAAUGAAAAUCAUUAAUUAUACGGAUUGAUUUAUAUCUUUUUUUAUGUCUUCCAUGUAUAAUACGUGACACAAAUAUAUAUGUAUAUGAUUCAUGUGUA